AUGAAUGGUAUGGAUAUCAUUGAUGGCUCGGGGACCAUCGAUCCCGCAAACUUGAGCAACUCCGUCUCUGUUGCCCUGCCAGCACAUUCCCAUGCAAUAGCAAGCCCCCGUGGUGUCAAGCGUAGUCGCACUCCAGACCAUAUGGGAAAUGGACAUGUCGAAAGGGACCAGGAUGAUGAGGAACAAAGUCGCCGCAAGCGCGGCCGCCCCCCAAAGACACCUCGGCCAAGUUCUAGUGAACAGACCAUCGCAAACACUUCUAUCCAAACUCCCCAAAUGCAAGCACGCGCACUAUCACAAGCCAACGCCGGAUCGCCGUCUCUUGCAUCACCAGAUAGCAAGAAUACACCAACAAAAACACUGGUCAAGGCGCUCCCUACCGUGAGAGAUCACACAUCAGACCAGUUGAAUGAAGAGGGCGAUGAGUACAUCCCUAAAGAGUUCGAUGAAGCAGGAGAGACCAAGGCAGAUCCUAUGGGAUAUCCGCAGGGUGGCCGCGAGUAUAAAUGCCGGACAUUCCGCGUCCCCCUCCGGGGCAGCAAGCUAUUCAUGCUUGCGACUGAAUGUGCCAGGGUAUUGAAUUAUCGUGAUUCUUAUCUUCUGUUCAACAAGAACCGAUCGUUGCAUAAAAUAAUUGCUUCCCAAAUCGAGAAAGACGAUCUUAUCCAGCAAGAUAUCCUGCCAUAUUCCUAUCGGUCUCGCCAAAUUGCUAUCGUUUCCGCCAGAUCCAUGUUCCGACAGUUCGGGAGCCGGGUGAUUGUGAAUGGCCGUCGGGUUCGAGAUGACUACUGGGAGACCAAGGCUAGGAAGCAGGGAUUCACGGAGGAUGACCUCGCGGGUGAGAAACGCCCUGGGGCGGCUAAGGCUCGGGAUGGCUCUGUCUCGGAGCCAGCUACAAACCUGUUGCCGGCGCUGCCUCAUAACGAUGUUGUCUACAGUAAUUCCAUCGAGCCAUUGCCUCACGGGCUCUCGCUGGAUACUUCUGAAUCUUCUAUGUCCAUCGCCCCACUCCCCAUGAUUCAUAUGUCGACGACGGAUGACCCGCGGCUACGGGAUUACACUGCCAUGCCUCGUGCACGCCAGGAAUUGACAGGACAACCCUAUCAUGACCGCACGCAAACUAGCUCAGCAGCAGACCUCAUGAAUCAAGCCCAGCACACAUCUGAUUUCAACAAAAUGUUGAGCAUUCAGCGCAACUUCCGCCAAAAAGGCUUGGAUGAAUUUUACUCCAAGCCCCGCGAGGCCCCAGUCUUAGAGACCCAGUCUAGUACCGCUCUUGACCCGGGUUUGUCUGUAUCACAGCCUGUUCAGGUAUCACAGGUUCCCUCGGCGGGGAUGCCAAAUCCCGCUCAUACGCAGCAUAUGCUCCCUCAGCAGGUUCCCAUGCAGCCCAACCCAAUGAUGGGUGGACAGCAAAACUAUGCCCAGCAGGCUCACCCACAGUCCGUUGGACAGUCUCCCCUAAGAAUGCCACCAAAUAUGCAGCCCAAUCUUAUGCAGCAACGGUCCAACCCAUCCAUGGGUGGCGGUAUGGGCCAGGCCCCUCCAUACGGAUACUCACCGCAACAACAGCAGAUUUGGGGACAGCCGCCUCCGCAGCCACAGCCGUCCCCGUUGCCGUCGUCAGCCCACCAGGGCGUUGGGAUGUCUCAGUAUGGUCAACAAAUGUCUGCAGCUCCGCAGCAAAGCCCAUCUCCCCUCGGGCAUCAUCCGCAGCAGCAGCAGCAACAACAACAUCACCACCAGUCUCCUCGCAACCAACAGCGACAGUCAAUACCUCAGAUGCCUCAACAGUAUUCCCAAAUGCAACACCCCCAAGCGGCGCAGGCUCAGGGUAUGCAGGGCAUGGGAUAUCCGGGAACCAACCCGGCCGGUUAUCCGGGCAUGGCACGAGCCAUGUAUCCACCCAACCAGGCUCAUGGUGGCCAACCCUUCAUGGGCGGAAACCCUCAACAGGCGGGUCUUGCAAUGAACAUGGCCGGAAAUGGUAUGCCUGGGUGGCCUACCGGACCUGGUGGCCCGAUGCAACCCGGACAACCUCAACCGGGCCAGUCUGGCAGCCCCUUGGGAGGUGGGUGGUCGUACUAG